AUGGUUUCCCAAAUCACAUCAAUCGCAGUCUUCUUCCUGAUUGCUGGGAUUCUGAUAAAUCAUGCGGAAUCAAAUGAUGCAGCAGGAGGAUGGGGUGGAUCUUCAGAUGCUGGUUGGAGCAGCUCGCCGAAAGGAAGUUUUGGAGGGUCUUCAGGAAGUGGCUGGGGUGCAAGUCUGGCAAACAGGAAAGCUGGUUCACCGAACAAUAACGCUAACCAGAAGAUG